GGAGAUUUGAGGAGGCAAUCCUAGUAUCAGGUUGAUUGAAACAUGAAACCCCUUUCCACUAACAGUGAAUGGCAGAACGAAGAGAAGGGAAAGGUUGCACUUGUAGAACUGCAAUGUGCGAGAAAGAAAUCUCUUUCACGUAAGCCUCAGCGUGGACAAGAAGAAAGGAGGAGACGAAGCUGUCAUUGGUUGGUGUCGAAUUGUAGCCAAAGACACAGUGUGGAACAAAGAUCAAGGAUGGCCGGAGGGUGAUUCAUUUAGAUGUGAAAUUCACCUCAACCCGGAAAUCGGGAAAGCCUUGGUGUUCUGGGUCCGAUUUCGGGCAUUUUUGUGCGAUCUGCAACAAAACCAUUGCGGUAGGAGUGAACGAAAAGAACGAGGGCAACUUUUAGGCAAUGAUAUG